AUGCCUAGUCAAGUGUGCCUAUUACUUGGCCUUCUGCUGGUCGGGCAGGUCCUGGCACAGGACUCCGAGGAGACGGCUGUGGAGGCGGGCUCAAUAGAGAGCCUAACUGAGGAAAAGUGUGGCAUGAAGCGCAGUGGAUGCUGCUCGGAUCUGUAUCUGGGCGAUGAGGAGACGCUGAUGAAAUGCUUCUCCAUACAUUCCAAUCGGCUGCCACCGGAUGGCGAUAAAGACAUGGGCAAAACGCUCAAGUUUCUGUCGUGCUUCGUGGAGUGUCUUUAUAAGCAGCGCAAGUAUAUAGGCAAGAGCGAUACGAUCAAUAUGAAGAUGGUGAAGCUCGAUGCGGAGAUACUGUACGCGGAUCGACCCAAGGAGCAGGCGUAUCACAUCAAAAUGUUUGACUUCUGUCGCAAGGAUGCCAUGACCGUGUACAACCUGCUAAAGACCAGCCCGGGCGCCAAGGCCAUGCUGAAGAACGCAUGUCGACCCUUUCUCCUGAUGGUAUACCUCUGCCAGUCGGACUAUCACCAGAAGCACGAGUGUCCCUACUUUCGUUGGGAGGGCGACGAGAAGGCGGGCACCAAACAACAGUGCCACGAUGCCAGGGCCAAGUGCUAUGCGAUCGAUGGCAUUGCAGCACCCGAAGACAGUAGCACAUGA